AUGGCGGACGUGCGACAGAGGAAGAAGAAGGCUGUGACGGCCACUGCGCAAGGUGGCAGUGACAAGAAGCAGAGUCAGAAGAAGGCUGCCAAGCAGGCUGGCGGUGGCGGUGUAGGGGCAGCAAAGCUGGUGUCCAUUGCAUUGGCUUUGGUGCUGUUGGGUGCACUGGCAUUUGUGGUGCUGUCUCCAACGACAACGACUCCACCACCAUCAACAACACCAUCGACAGCACCACCCAAACCGCAGCAGCAGCAGCAGCAGCAGCAGCAACCAGCAGGAGCGCAUGAGGAGCCCGCGGCAACACCGGAGCCGGCAUCCGAGACCCAGAAGGGCAGCGAUGGUGGUGAAGAAGAUGCGUUGUCGUUUGUGCAGCGUAUGAAGGUGGCAACGUCCAAGAAAGUGGCGGAGGAACUGCAGCAGCCAGACGACAACCAAGAAGAGCAGGACGUGAAGGAGCAGGGCAAGCAGCCAGCCUCUUCCCCUCACGACCCAGCCGUUCCCUUUGCUGCUCAUCCUCAGAUUGAGUUUGACAUUGAAGGCCCAAACGACCACGCUGUUCCCGGUGCUCUGUCCAAGGUCAUUUCCCCGUUGUCGCUGGUGAACCUCUUCUACACAUACACGGACGAGCACCCGUUUCACAUCAAGCGCGUUGACGACUACUACGCGGGGCUCAACUCCAACCUCUCCCACAUUGACCUUCUCCUGCAGAUUCAUGCCGCCACCGCGCACGAUGAAGAGCUGCUUUCUCCCGAGACAAAUAAGACCCAGGCAAACUGCGCUUUCGUGAAGCACGGCAUGGGCAGCCUGAACGACAAAUACCCCGAUGCGUACCACGCGUACUUGGACGGAUGCACCAUCGUCUGCAACAUCGUCCCCGCUUACUGGCAGCCACUCGCAGGGCUCAUGCAUGGUGUGCAGCAAGAGACUGGGCUUGCGUACAUGGCCAAUAUGUAUCUCACCCCGCGCGCCAGCCAGGGAUUUGUCGAGCACACUGACAACAAGGAUGGCCUUAUUGUGCAGACGGAUGGGCGGAAGGAGUGGGUGCUGAAGAACACCAAGUUCCCGAUGCCUUUGCGUCACCAGGCUGUGCACAUGCAUGUGUUGCGUGGGAGCAGAUGGUUGGUCGACCGUGGGAGCGGCCUGCGAGCACGGUUGCGGCGGACACGGCGGCGGAGCCCCUGCUGA